GAUGCGAAAAGGGGCUCAGAAUGUUGAAGGGACUUGCCCAAAGUCACCUGACGAGCCAUGGCAGAGGCAGAACCAGAACGCUGUUCACUGUGGCAAACACUAAGUCUGUCUCUGUUGCAGGAAAUUAAGGAACCAGAGAGACCGAACAAGGGCAGGAAAGUGUUUAUUUAAGGUGUACACCGGCUCAGCGGACAUGUGUUCUGAAAGUCUGAGCCCAGGACAAAGAAAAUCAGUCCCCUUUAAGCAUUUUGAGGCAGGGAUUAUGUGAAGCAGGAAGCAAGCUUACAGAAGCACGAAUAAAGGCUGUUGUGACACUUUUGCAACAUGUCUUACAUCUCUGGGAAAACUUGGUUUGUAGUUUAUCCUUAUUUGUCUUGUGACCUUGCAGCUGUGCAGGGGAGAAAGAAACAGGAGUUUAUGGAGCCUACAAAAUAUGUGGAGGGCAGAUAUGGUUAAUGUUUCUUGGGACAGACAGUUAAUUUUAUUUUAACUUUGGGGGGGUGUGUAAAUUUUGUUUUAGCCUUGGUUAAUAUAGCAAUUCAUUUUGUGAGCUUUUUUUUUUUUUUUACUAUUACUAUAAUUUUUACUAUUAUUACUUAUACCAUUAUUCUGUUAUUUUCUAAAUUUCCUACUUCAUCUCUGUGCUGGAUGUUCAGACAGUCUUCGCCCUGGAAAAAGGCCCUGUCUAGAAGCCAGAGGUUCUGACUCCAAAAGGGAUUUAUAUCUGUCCAAAGGGAAGACAGGGAGCUGGGUUUCCUGUUGCUCUGUGCAUCCCAUUGUCAGAUGUUGGCUUGUUAAGACCUGCAUCCAAAUGCCUGCAUUUCUUGCCCUUACCUACUUUGGAUAAUAACCACACAUAUUGGUGGCCAUGCCAGGCCUAGAUAAGACCUGAAGUCAGCCUCCACCAGCCCCAGCAUCCCUCUUCUAGGCUGGAUUCUACAUGGGCAAAGCCUUCUAGACAAGCUCAGUGGAAUCUGAAGGGCCCAUCCCAUGGAGGAAUGCUGGGUGACAGAGAUAGCCAAUGGCUCCAAGAAUGGCUUGGAUUUCAACCCUAUGAAGGAUUACAUGAUCCUGAGUGGUCCCCAGAAAAUAGCUGUUGCCGUGUUGUGCACUCUUCUGGGCCUGCUAAGUGCCCUGGAGAACGUGACUGUACUCUGUCUGAUCCUGUCCUCCCACCGGCUCCGCCAGAAGCCCUCAUACCUGUUCAUUGGCAGCUUGGCUGGAGCCGACUUCCUGGCCAGUGUGGUCUUUGCAUGCAGCUUUGUGAAUUUUCAUGUUUUCCAUGGUAUGGAUUCCAAGGCUGUCUUCCUGCUGAAGAUUGGCAGCGUGACCAUGACCUUCACAGCCUCUGUGGGUAGCCUGCUGCUGACCGCCAUUGACCGAUACCUCUGCCUGCGCUACCCACCCUCCUACAAAGCUCUGCUCACCCGCGGGAGGGCACUGGUGACCCUGGGCAUCAUGUGGGUCCUCUCAGCACUGGUCUCCUACCUGCCGCUCAUGGGAUGGACUUGCUGUCCCAGGCCCUGCUCGGAGCUUUUCCCACUGAUCCCCAAUGACUACCUGCUGGGCUGGCUCCUGUUCAUCGCCUUCCUCUUUUCCGGAAUCAUCUACACCUAUGGGCAUGUUCUCUGGAAAGCCCAUCAGCAUGUAGCCAGUUUGUCUGGGCACCAGGACAGGCAGAUGCCAGGAAUGGCCCGAAUGAGGCUGGACGUGAGGUUGGCCAAGACCCUGGGGCUGGUGCUGGCUGUGCUCCUCAUCUGUUGGUUCCCAGUGCUGGCCCUCAUGGUCCACAGCCUGGCCACUACACUCAGCGACCAGGUCAAGAAGGCCUUUGCCUUCUGCUCCAUGCUGUGCCUCGUCAACUCCAUGGUCAACCCUGUCAUCUAUGCUCUGCGGAGUGGGGAGAUCCGCUCCUCUGCCCAUCACUGCCUGGCUCGCUGGAGGAAGUGUGUGAGGGGCCUUGGGUCAGAGGCAAAAGAAGAAGCCCCGAGGUCCUCAGUCACCGAGACAGAGGCUGAUGGGAAAAUCACUCCGUGGCCAGAUUCCAGAGAUCUAGACCACUCCAGUUGCUGAUGAGGCCUCUUCCCAAUUUAAACAACUCAAGUCAGAAAUCAAUUCACUCCCUGGAGGAGAGAGAGGGGUCUUGGCACUCUCUUCUUACUUGAACCAGCCCCAGACACCUAGACACGGACCCGUUUUUGCUGAUGAGUAUUGGAACUGACUCCUGGAAGGCAGCCUGGCCUUGCCCACCUGCACACAGUCUGUUGGAUAGGUAGGGCCCACGAGGAGUAGCCAGGUGGGCGAGAUGCGAAGGGCCUGGGACAGGCUCAGUACAAGUCAAGUCAGGCUUUGUGCCUGCAUCCUCCAGAGACCACAGGAGCCAGAGGGAGCCUCCAGGCCCAGCAAAGAGGGACUUGGGAGAAAUCUGAGAAGAAUGGGUUGUUCUCUUGGGAAGUCAGGGUAUCAGAUGGGAUGGACAUCCAGGUCUUCUCCCUGCCUAAUUGUCAAGGCCUUCUUGGCUCUGGAGCUAUGAAAGGCCCCAACUUUCAGGUCACCCUUGCCACUGAGGACCGAGAACUAUGCUAUGAUAAGGAUUAAGAGUGUUGACUUGCCUCUUUCAAAGAUAAAUGACAAGCCUUCAGUUUGGGGCAUCCUGCUGUUUGGGCGAGGACCCUCUCUGAUAUUCUAAUAAUCCCCACCUGUAACCUCAGGUCCCUGGAAAUACAGAGGAGGCUGGGAUCGCUUGAGACACAAAAAUCUUCAGAGAAUUUUCUUGACCCUCUGAAGUCCUUCCAGCAGCAGUCCUGGUGGUGCUGCUGGAAACAGGCAAUGUCCUGGUCUAACCUAACUCUAA